UCCUCGUCGGAUUUCAUUUUCCCGCCCUGAACUGAUCUCAGUGUCACUGGCAGUUCGACGGAUCAGAGGAGCCAUUGGUCGGAGCUCGAAGCUUCUGCUGGUUCUCUUCCUCGGAGACCACAGCGAUGGAGUUGGUAGCUGGCCGGAGAAGCUUUCAGUCGGUGGAAGUCAGGGUGGACGAUUCAGCCGAAUUCCGGUUAAUUGAAUGGACAAGGGGAUGGAGCUGCCGCGCGAUUCCCCGGCCAGCAAGUCCCGGUCUCCGCAAGCGAGGCCAUCUAAGGGGAAAGGCUCGCCGAGGCUGUUUAUCAGAGAAAUGGUUAUGAGGAACUUCAAGUCCUACGCAGGUGAACAGCGCGUUGGCCCUCUCCACAAGAUACAGAGCUUUUCAGCUGUUGUUGGCCCGAAUGGGAGCGGAAAGGGCAAUGUGAUAGAUGCGAUGCCUUUUGAGUUUGGUGAGCGUGCGAAGCAGAUGAGGCUCAACAAAGUCUCGGAACUCAUCCAUAAUUCAACAAAUCACCAGAACCCGACAGUGCCGGUGUUUCCGUUCACUUCCAGGAAAUCGUUGAUCUGCCUCAGAAACAAUAUGUUCAAGUUGGCUGAUCGGCUUGUGGGUAUAUAUAAGACUGACAACUGCACUAAGAGCAUCACCAUCAACCCCGGGAGCUACGUGGUGUGCGAGAAAGCCACUUGAUGCAUUGGACAAGAAUCUUGUUAGGGAUCACAAUCUCAUUCUCAUGUGGACAUUUCGAUCGAUCUCGUGUCUUUGCAAUUAAUGAGAUGUAAUAUAACAGCUUUUCUGUUUGAUGGGCAGAAGAAAAAAAGACAUAUAUCAUCUGCUUCACAAGUGUAAUGUUGUAAGUUUAUUCGCAGAUUCCUGAUUUCAUGAACUUUUUUAGGGGAAUAUUCCGAUUGUUAGGCAGGUUUUAUUAUUAUUAUUGUUAUUAUUUAAUAAAAAAAAAAGGAAAC